AUGGCUGGGCUAAGUCAUAUUGGGCUGGCGCUGACAAUAAUUUUCGUGAUCUCCUUGGUGAUUCUCUUGUCGGAGCUCUUGUUCGUGUUAUGGCGGCGCCGCAUCUUCCACCGUCAAGCUCUCAGCCACCAUCAGACCACCGUGCACGGCCGCGAUCCGGCUGACACCAACUCCCAAUCAUUCUCCGACGUUUCAUCUACUUACUGCGUGCCUUUUGCCUACUCCAAAGAGCUGCUCUACUUCUAUUUCUGCAUGAACAGUUCUCGAAUCUCCAGAAUCCAGCCUAAUAAUUCGUCCCCGCCGAGUGUUACGGAUCAGUCCCGCCCGGAUGACGAAGAAUUGGAGGAGGUGAUCGACGUGUUUAAACUGCAGAACAUAAUGUUCGGACCGCCCAGGUUUCUGUUUACAAUUAAGGAAGAGGAAGAGGACAAAUUCAACCACCACCGGGAUGAAACUGCUGCUAACAAGGAUUAUAAGGGAUCAGCAAAGUUAGAGGAGUAUUUGAAAGCUGCCGACAACGUCGAUGAGGAGUCGCCGCCGACCACCUUGUCCGCGGUGCUGCAGGCGGCGGAGGAUGAGGAGGAGAUCGCUGCAGAAUCGGUGGACAAUGAAAUUGCGAUCGACAUGGAUGAUAAUGAUGAUGAUGAUGAAUGUUGUCUAUCGCCUUCGCCGCCGUUUUCAACUCCUUGUGAAUCGCCUCUAUAUUACUUCACUCCGUCAGCUUCGCCGAUUAACCCAGCACCGUCGGCAGCCUUUUACUGUGAUGAGGAACAUAAUGACUUUGGUGGGCCUCCAGAUUGUCGAUCGUUUUCCACGAAUUAA